GUGUGAGUCCAACAAAGGGAGAUACAGUUGAUAUGAUGAAUGUUGUAGGCAUAUGAAAAUGAUGAUGGAUAAUAUCUCGAUGAUAACAGUGAUUAGUCUUUCUGGGUUGAAUGAGAUCGCAAACUACAGAGUGGUUCUCUUUUCCUCCACCUUGCUUUAUUAUUGCUUGAUACUAACCAUCAACUGCUCUCUGAUUCUCACCAUUGUCUUGGACAAAAGCCUUCAUGAGCCCAUGUACAUUCUGUUGUGUUCCCUCUGCAUCAACGGGAUUUAUGGCACCACAGGCUUCUACCCCAAAUUCCUCCUGGACCUGCUGUCUUCGUCUCAUGACAUCUCUUACAACGGGUGUCUCGUGCAGGCCUUUGUGAUGUUUUCGUUUGCCUGCAGCGACCUGUCCAUUCUCUCCUUCAUGGCCUACGAUAGAUACCUGGCCAUCUGUCGACCCCUGCACUACCACAGUGUCAUGAACAAGCACAGGUUGUCCCAGCUAGUCUGCUUCUCCUGGUUGACCCCCUUCAGCAUUCUAGCCAUCAACAUCACCCUUACGUCCAGGCUCACGCUGUGCAGCGACAAGAUCCAGCGGCUGUACUGCGUGAACUGGGUCAUUGUGUUGCUGGCGUGCCCGUCGAACAACACCACAGUGCACAGCAUCGUGGCGUACCUCACCAUACUGGUGUACGUUUUCCACGGGCUGCUGAUCGUCUUAUCCUACAUGUACCUGGUGAGGACGUGUCGGGGCUCCACGGAGAACAGGAAGAAAUUCAUGCAGACCUGUGUGCCCCAUCUUACCUGCCUGCUCACCUUCCUGUCCACCAUCGUCUUUGAUGUCAUGUACAUGCGCUUUGGCUCCAAAAACAUUGCUACGUCGCUCCAGAACUUCAUCGCCAUAGAGUUUCUGAUCAUACCCCCGAUCAUGAACCCCCUCAUAUAUGGAUUCAAACUGACCAAAGUACGCAACAAGAUUCUGUUUUAUUUUAAUAUUAAUAGGAAGUAUUCACAAUAGAGCGUUCAUUUGUUGACAAUAAUAUUUUUUGCAAUACAUUUAGAUUGGUCUAUAUCUUCUUGUAUUUUACACCAUUAUUUAAAGUGCAGUUUUUGUAUACUAAACUGCUUAGAGGUGAUACCACAAGAAUACAUAUCCCAUCACACAUUUAUUUUGCCUGCAUUUUACUUGUUGCAAGGUAAACCUCUCUGGUUAUUUAUUCCCUGCCUCAAUGUCUCUCUAGGUUGCAGUACAACAAUGUUUGGGACCGACACACACACACAAACAGGCAGUCCAAUGGCUAAUCUUCCAAUCACAAAUGUAUUACUAUAACAACCAUAAAAUAAAGGUGAAAACAUUGUGUUGCAAUUAAAACAUUGCAUAUUGGCUAUUGUUCGUGCUCGACUCAUAUGGCAUAUCUUCUAAUAAGAAAAAAGACAAUAUAACAACCAUACACUAAAAGCAAAUACAUUUUAUUUUAUUUCAAGACAUCCGAAAUACAUAGGCAAGUGUUCGUGCUGGACUCUUAUGGCCCAAUGACUGGUCCAAUUUGAUACAUUUUAAGUUUUGGCUCUGGUUUUGCAUUUAAGAUUGCAGAAUGUUUACUUAAUGUUGAGCAGAAAGAAACCUUGUUUGUUUGUCUUUAUUUGCAUUGUUAUGUCAAUUUUUGCUGUUAUAACAUUUGGAUUUCACUUUGUGUAUAAAUAAAGCCUUAUCUACUCACAGGUAAUGUAAGAAAAUUUGAUUAAGAAAUAUAUAAUGCUAUAUAUAACAACAAGGUUUAACAAAGAACUUGGCUUCAGACUUGUUACGAUUCUGU